AAAUGUCCUCCGUCACCUCUCAAUUCACUACAAUGGUCAAUGACUUGUGGGCCGCUGUUCGCGGGCUCAUGUACUCUGGCUCCUCAGUCCUCGUGGCGUCUUUCUUGCUCAGUGACCCGCAAGUGUCUGCAUUGAGUAAUGGUGUUGCUAAGCUUCCUGUGUUGGGAUAUAACACUUGGAAUGCGUACCAGUGUAACAUCGACCAAGACUUGAUAACUACAACGGCUAAGUUGAUGCAGUCGCUCGGACUUCAGGAUGCUGGGUAUACGCACGUUAACAUCGACGAUUGUUGGUCGGAGAAAAGCAGGGAUUCAUCAGGAAAUCUUGUUCCCGACAAGGUCCGCUUCAGCUCUGGUAUGAACAGCUUGACGGGCCAGCUUCAUUCUAUGGGAUUCAACGCUGGUAUUUACGGCGACAGUGGGUGGUUCACCUGUGCUGGGUAUCCGGGUUCGUUCCAGAAUGAGGCUCGAGAUGCGAAGACGUUCUUGGAUUGGGGAUUUGACUAUUUGAAGUACGACAACUGUGCAAUUCCGUACGACGACAUCCUUCGCGAGAACACGAUGGGCAAGUAUCAACGCAUGCGAGAUGCGAUUGCCGAUCUCGCUGCGUCAUCAGGAAAGCCGCCCCUGAUUUUCUCGCUUUGCGAAUGGGGAUGGAGUCAAGUAUGGAUUUGGGGAAAGCAGUUUGGAGAGUCUUGGAGGACUACAAAUGAUAUUCAACCAACAUGGGAGUCACUUGCGUCUAUUAUAAACUUCAAUUCGUUCAUUACGAUGGCUACAGACUUUUAUGGGCAUAAUGAUAUGGAUAUGGUGCAAAUCGGGAACGGUGAUAUGACUGUCGAUGAAGUGAAAUCACACUUCACGGCUUGGGCGUUAAUGAAAUCUCCACUGCUGAUUGGCGCGAACUUGUCGGCAAUAAAAGAUUCGGAUUUGGAGGUAUUAAAGAAUCAGGAGAUACUCGCUAUUAAUCAGGACCCAGUUGUCGGAACAAGUAUCUCGCCGUUCCGGUGGGGUGUAAACCCUGACUGGACGAGUGACCCGAAACAUCCUGCUGGAUAUUGGAGUGGGCCAACGCAGAAUGGAACUGUGUUUAUGCUCUUGAACACGCUGGAUCAACCGAGUGACAUGUUCUUUAACUUGACGGAAUCGCCGUGGGUACGCGCGGGGAGACAGUAUUCCGUGAGAGACCUCUGGACUCAUACUGACAAUGGUACGGCUGUCCGGAACUUUACGGCAACGGCGGUUCCUCCUCAUGGUGUUGUUGCGCUGCUGUUGAAGGAUGCUGGAGACGAGCCGGAGGGACUCGAACCGAAAUGCGUGCUUUGGAUUGGGUGCACGGAUCAAAACGGGACGAGGGUGGGUGGUUGAAUUGGUUUGGGUUGACGUGCAUGUGUGUUGUGUGAAGCCGGUGGCGAAUUUUUUUCUGCUUUCCCCUUUUUGUCUUCUUGGACUUUCUUGCAACGUGUACCGAAGUAUACGGACUAUCACCCUUUUUCAAUGUCAUGUGUAUAUGUGUUGAAUACGC